AUGACCUAUCAACCACAAGCAAAUAAUCCUUACGGAUUUAGAGCUGAUGAAAAUGCUCAUACAGCUGAAAGUGGAAUGCCGAAAAAUGAAAUUGGAUUCAAUGAUCAAACGAUUAGACAAGCUUUUGUUCGGAAAGUUUUUACUUUGGUCACUAUCAUGCUUGGUGUUGUUACGGUUAUGUCAGCAAUUCCUCACUUUUACCGGGAUGGUGAAAAAUAUCCACUCAGAGAAUAUCUGAAGAAGAGUAUGGGGCUUUAUAUUUUGUCAUUAGUGGUUUUUCUGGUCGUCUACUUUGCAUUAAUUUGCUGUGAAAAUGUUCGCCGUAGUCAUCCGACAAAUUUGAUUUGUACUGGCGUUUUAACACUUUCGAUUGGAUUUGUGACUAUGGUUAUGACUUCUUUCUACACGGUCGAUUCUGUUGUUCUUGCUUUUGCCGUUACAACUCUUAGUUGUGGUGGUAUAGUCAUCUUCUCGAUGACCACUAAACGUGACAUCACCAGCAUGCUUGGUUUUGCCGUCAUAAUUGGAAUGGUUCUGAUGCUUUUCGGAUUUUUUGCGGUCAUGUGGACAAUGAUUUUCCAUACCCGAACUCUUUAUCUAAUCUAUGCUGGUUUUGGUACUCUCGUUUUUAUGUUGUAUUUGGCUAUCGACAUUCAGAUGAUUAUGGGAGGACGCAAGUUUGAAAUUGAACCAGAAGAACAUAUUUUUGCUGCUAUUAUGCUUUUUAUGGAUAUUGUCCAAAUCUUUUGGUUCAUUCUUUCACUUUUUGGUGAUAGAUCGCGUUCUCUUGAAGAGAAAAAUAAAGAAUUGGAUGGUUUGAGACGUCAACUUGCGAGAGAAGAAGAAGAAAAACAUGAAUUGUUUUCGCAGAUUAAUUCACUUAUUGGGGAAUUGGCACAAAUAAAACAAGCAGAAAAUGUUUCUUCUAAAGAAAAUGAAUUGACUUUAUUGCAAUCUGAAUUGGAUGAAUUGAAAUUGGAUUUUGGAAGAAAACAAGGAGAACUUCAGAAAAUAUGUGGGGAAUUGGCACGUGAAAGGGAAGAAAGUCGAAGGCGAGAAAAUAUAAUGCAAUUAGAGAGUAGUAGAAUGGAAGAGGAAUUACGUGAACGAGAUGAGCUUCUUAAAGAAUUGACAGAAACUAGCGAUGAAUUAGGUCGAGCAUUGAAUGAAGCUAACAACGAUUUGCAAAAUGCUAGAGAACAAUUAGCCAUUACUCAACAAGAAUUAACAAAUAAACAAAAAACAAAUUUAAAUAUACCCUCAAUAAAUGAUAAUAAGUAA